AUGGUUGUCCUCGCGGCUUCCGUGGUGACCAAGGGCGGCAAAGCCCUGGUGUCGCGCCAGUACGUCCCGAUGACGCGAAUUCGCAUCGAGGGCCUGCUCGCCGCUUUCCCCAAGCUCGUCAGCACGGGCACCCAGCACACGUACGUCGAGACCGAGAACGUCCGGUACGUGUACACCCCCAUGGAGCAGGGACAGCUGUACCUCCUCCUCGUCACCAACAAGGCGUCCAACAUCCUCGAGGACCUCGACAUCCUGCGACUCCUCGGCAAGGUCCUCCCCGAGUACACGCAGCAGCAAACCGACGAGGAGGGCAUCAGCCGCGCCGCCUUCGAUCUCAUCUUCGCCUUCGACGAGGUCAUCGCGCUCGGCCACAAGGAGAACGUCACCAUGUCGCAGGUGCGAACCUUCACAGAGAUGGAGUCGCACGAGGAGAAGCUCCACAAGAUGAUCAUACAGUCCAAGAUCAACGACACCAAGGACGUGAUGAAGCGCAAAGCGUUGGAGAUUGACAAAUCCAAGAUCGACAAGGGCGCCGGAGGAUCCCGGUACGGGCGCAUGGACGGCAUGGGCGGCGUCGGCGUCUCCGGCAUGGGCGGCGGCGGCAUGGGCGGCGGCGGCUUGGGCGGCGGUUCCGGCUACGACGACGACCGCUACGGCAUGGGCGGCAGGUCCGGCGGGUACGAGGAUGAGCUCGGCAACAGGGUCGGCGGGUUCGGCGGCGCCGGCAUGUCCCGCUCCAAGGCGGAGGAGGCGAUCAAAUCGCAGGCUGGUCCCACGCGAGGGCUCAAGCUCGGCGGCGCAAAGGGCGGAACCAACACCAACAAGUUCCUGGCGUCGCUCGCCGCGGAGGGCGAGGACGUCGCGAUGUCCAUGGAGAGCUUAGCCAUAAACCCCAAACCCGGCGGCGGCGUGCCCGCGGUGGCCCAGGACGGCGUCUCUCUCAAGAUUGAGGAGAAGCUCAACGUCACCCUGAAGAAGGAUGGCGGGAUUGAGGGGAUGGAGGUGCAGGGGACGAUGAUGCUCGAGAUUCGCGGCGGCGAGGAGGACGCCUUCAUCCGCGUCGGCGUCGCGACCGGCGCCAACGAGGGGUUCCAGUUCAAGACCCACCCCAACAUCGACAAGCAGCUGCACGCCGAGCAGGGCAUCCUCGGCCUCAAGGAUCCCAACCGGCCCUUCCCGAUGGGCUCCCCGCUCGGCGUCCUCAAGUGGCGGUACCAGACCCGCGACGAGAGGGCGGUGCCCCUCGCGAUCAACUGCUGGCCGUCCGUCUCCGGCGGGGAAUCGUUCGUCUCCAUCGAGUACGAGGCGUCCGACCGCAUGGACCUUCACAACGUCGUCAUCUCCAUCCCGCUCCCGCCCCUGCGCGAUCCACCCCAGGUGAACCAGGUGGACGGGGACUUCAACUACGACGGGCGUCGCAACGUGCUUCGAUGGGAGAUCCAGAUGAUCGACCGGAGCAACAGGAACGGGAGCAUGGAGUUUGUCGUGCCCGCCACGGACGGCGGCAACUUCUUCCCGAUCAGCGUCGACUUCACGUCCAAGCAGACGCUGUGCGACGUGCGCGUGGCCGAGGUCACGAGGACCACGGAUGGGUCCAGCGUGAAGCACUUCGGGGAGUCAACCGUCGUGUGCGAAUCGUACCAGGUCGUGUGAAAAAAUUGAAAUGACAAUCAACAGAGGGGUUCAUCCC